AGCGAUUGGCUCAAGCCAGAGAGCCCAGCCCGCAGCGCAGCGGCUGAGGCCAAGGCGCUUGCUUGUGUGGACCCGCCAGGGUACCAUGGCCCACCUAGUGGCACCGCGCAAGCACAGCAACCAUGGCGAGGAUUGCGGCGAGGACCGCCACGCUGGCCUCUCGUUCUGCGUCGAGGUCUGCACCGAGCUCUGCUACAUCGUCGCGUCGCUGAUGUUUGUGUCCGGGACCGUGUUCUUCUGGCCCGGCCUGGAGCUCCCCGCUCUUGCCCCGAUCCUUCCCACGGAUGCCACGGGACGCCCUUCGCCGCUCAUCCUCGGCUGCCGCCUCUUCGAUGUGGGCUCCAUCAUGUUUGCCGUGUUGUCGGUCCACGUCUCGAGGCAGCUCUCCAGGAAGUACAGGGAGAUGCGGGCGGUGAAGAUUCGGCGGGGCACGAAGGGCAACGGGCAGAUAGUAAAAGUGCUCAGCAGCAUGAGGGAAGUAAGGGAUGCCUUCGAGCACUGCAGCAGCAUAGCCACUCCAGGCCCAGACGUGAUGCGCAGCAUUCUGGGCAAGAAGGCUAAGGUGAUCGCCGACAAGACAGCAGGACACCACAUGUCCGACGAUACCGUUCUUUGCCAAUUCUUCAGGGGUGGAGUGUGGCGUGUUGGAGUUGGGUCGCUGCAGAUGGUGCAGCAGGAGCAGCAGGAUGGCAGUGGACGGUGUCUGGACCAGAGAGUGCGAGUACCCUUGAGUGCUCUCGUAAACACGGGGAAGGCGGGCCUGACAGUGGCAAUGAACGAGCAGAGGCUGUACCUGGUGGGCUCCUUCGUCUUCAUGUUUGGCACGCUCAUCUGGGAUCCCGAAUUCAAGUACUACCUGCAUCGGUGGUGCCCAUGACUCCCGAGGGCUGGGUCAUCACCGCUGACGUGCUCUUCAUGCUGGGCUCCCUGAUCUUCGCUUGCGCAGCCUACCUCAAUGCCCUCGGCAUCAACCGCGCUCACGAGGGGCCCUUUGCAAACUUCAAGGUCUUGCGCAAGUAUGCGCUCAUGACGACCACAUGUUUCGCGUUCGGGGCCUUCACCUUCAUUGCGGGGACCAUGUGCUUCAUUCCUGCCAAAUACAUCGCGACACCGACUGUGGCCGAUCACGGUACUUGCACCGUCAGCAUGGCGGCCAUGGAGAAGUUGGGUUGUUGUUUUUACGGCGUCGGGUCACUGUUGUACUUGCUCGGCGCUUGCAUUAGCUUCGCCAGGGCACUCGUAGAACAUAAGAUGGAAGUCGAGCAUGAGGAAAGGGCCGCCUUGAUCCAGCAGCACGUCAAGGAGUUCGUAGAGAAGAAGCACAGGAAGAAAGUGAGCGAAUUCGCAGAUACAUCGUACAAGAAGAGAGUCGACCGACUCCCGGACAGCAUCAAGGAUAUGGCUAAGCAUUGCGUUUUGCGACAGAGGUGUAAGUUGCAGGAGAUGGCGGAGGCAGAGGAGUGCGCAGAAUUGGCGCCGCUGUUCUGGGGUCAGGCAGAGGACGACAUGAUGAGCGCUGCCGAGAGUCUGGAGGACGAGAAAGACAUUUUCGGCACCAUCAAGCUCAUCCUGUGGGGGACUCCGGAGGGUGUGGAGGCAGAGUGCGAUCGUCUUCAGGAACGCGGCUUCUGGACACUUGCCUGGAGCGGGGUCCGUGAGCGCGUGUAUGGGAGGCCCAGGCAAGUUGUGGACGUGCGCCCUUGGCUGCCAAGCAAGGGAGCCCUUGCAGAGCCACUGACCGGAAGCAGAUGAGCAGUGAGAAGUUCGCAAGGGUCGGCGACUACCAAAGGGCUUGGCAUCGCUCGGACGUGUGCAUUUUUCCUUCGGCGAGGACCAUCGAGGAGCAUCCUUGAUCAAAUUGCCCUGUAAACAUCAGCACUCGAAGGCCCGCGGGAACUUCUUGGAUUUGAGCUUGCCCCCCCUUGGCGGCGCCUCUAGCGCCAGCCGCGGCGAGGAGGAGAAGGAGCAGGAUGCUUGUGUAUGCUGUUCGUAUUGUCGAAGCAUGGCAUCGUCAAGUAAGCGGGGCGGUGACGUGGGCGACCCGCGCUUGCGCACGGAGUCCCUGCGAGUUGGCGGCGCAGCAUGGGGUGACACUCCUCGAGCUGGCAGCUGUCUGCCCUAUACCAGCCUUGCCAGUUUGCCACGUGGGUUCAGCAAGCCGUUUGGGCUCAAACCCUUCUCCCGACUUCCCAGCAUGCGACGUCCUGAUUUGUUCAAUACGUGGUCCCCAGAAGUCCCGACCCUCUCCCCGGCACCGGUUCUUCCAGCGGCAACCUCUCCUUGGCACCGGUGGUCCCCGGUCCGAAGGCUUGGGCCGAAAACGGCCUGAUUCUUUUGCGGCGCGAUCAUGUCUGGGUUGCGGGCUUCUACGGCUCUCCUCUGCAUGCCACUGCCCUGCCAGAUGUGUUCUUCAAUGCACCGGUGGCCCUCUCGGCAGAAACGCCGCUGCCGCUGCAUCGCUGACCCCAGCGGCAGUCGACCCUCUCGAAUUCAGAAGUGAAGUGUUUUUGUUUGUAUGACGAGUUCUGACAAGAUAGAGGCAGACAAGUCGAAGCAGAAGGCAAGGGGCGAUAAUGCAGCACGCGACUGAUUUUCGUUUCCAUCGCCGUUUUGUCUCAGAGCCCCUCCAGCAGGGGCGUGCAUGCAGCAGCAGGCAGAUUUAUUCGUUGAGGAGCUGACGGAAAAGUCAUCAUCCGGCGCCCGCGGAGCCGCCUCUGCCUGACCGGCGCCGCCAAUGCGGAGGCGCCGGUCACGGCAACGCUGCGCACGAUUUCCGCACGGAGCCGGGAUCCACGACGGCCAUCCCCCGAAAAAAAGUG